CAUCGUCCAAUUUUCUUAGUCCUUUCUCCCCUGGCAUUCCCUGUACUACACGGCUUUUCUGCUUCAGAGUCCUUCUUUUGUACAAACAUCCUGACAUGUCUGCCAGCUAUGGAUUACUACACCAUCACGCUCAUUAUUAUUACGAUACCGCUCAUUUUUGCUUCCUUCUGGCAUCACAGAUAUGUGACGUUGAAGGUCGUUCGAGCCUCUGCGGCUGAGGCUAGGCGUCUUGAUAUGAUCGACGAUGAGAUACACGAUAUGAAACAUGAGUCGAUGGGUGACAGAUAUUAUAAUUUUCGCAACAAGUUUCUGUGGGCUUACGGUCUGGCGCUGGCUGCCGAAUGGCUUCAGGCGUCAUAUUUAUACAGCUGUCUGAAGAAUACUCAUAAACUACCAGAGCCUACCAUCGCCACUUUGUUUGCAACUGGCUUCGUCUCUGCUGGAGUCAGCGCACUGUUCGUGGACUCACUGGCAGAUAAACAUGGCAAAAAGUUCAUGUGCCAAUGUUAUUGCCUAGUCUACUCAGUUUCCUGCCUCGCUAUGGUCUCAGGAAACAUAGUACUACUGUUUGUAGGCAGAGUCAUGGCUGGGUUUUGCACGACCUUACUGUACUCGGUGUUUGAGAGUUGGAUGACAGCCGAGUAUAAACGACAAGGAUUUGGGGACCGCGGGACUACUUUGAGCACGAUAUAUAGCAUGAUGGAUGUUGCAAAUGGCCUCGUUACUGCUGGUAGUGGUAUGGUGGCUCAAGCAGCCGUGAAUACGUUGGGCUCGCAUACCGCCCCCUUCUUGCUCAGUAUCGUCUGUUUAAGCUUGGCACUGAUGAUCAUAACUCGAUCCUGGGCCGAGAAUCGUGGAGCACCAGGAAAGUCCCCGACAAUCGAGACUUCGUGGAAGGCCAGUGCAAUGUCUCUUACGAACCCGAGUCUCGUUAUUCUCACAUUAACAAUGUGUUUCUUCGAGGGCUCUGUUCACUUUAUCCUGUACUCCUGGCCACAGACAAUCAUGUCAGCGCGUGUCCAUGAGAGAAUCUGGGAAAAUCCUCCUUUCGGUACCAUAUUUUCGAGUCUUAUGGGCGCAAUGUCUCUGGGCUCUUGCACAUUCCUUUUUGCCUCACGUGAGACAAAUUCGACACAGAUCUCAUCAGGAGCGAUUCAGCUUGCGUCAUCGAUCUCAGCCUCAGCUCUUUUGCUGACAUUCUUACUGCGAGACGAGUUGAGUCGCUUCUGGGCGCUUUGCCUCUUCGAGAUGUGUGUCGGACUGUACUAUCCGAGUAUGGCCUUCCUGAAGGGCCGGCUGGUUCCAGAGGAGCGAAGAGGCCGAGUGUACGGACUGAUGAGGGUUCCGCUCAAUACGUUCACCGCGCUAUGUCUGAUGACUGUUAAUGAAGGAGACGAAAGCCGCGAGGACAGACUCAUAGUAUGCAGUAGCCUCCUCCUGUUUAGCGUGUUGUUAAUGUCUCGAUAUGCACCUAAGCAAAGCAGAUCUUAUUAAAGAGACCGCUAUUAUGCAUAAGGCCUUCACUUAGAGUGAGUGUCGAUGCCAUGAGUAUCAUCCAAGUCUUUUAAAUAUUAAUCUAAAAUGUCUAAAUCUACAAGCAUAUAUCUAAACUUCCUCAACAGUCAUAAUCUUCUUUUCAUCCUUCAUCAUAGCCGAUACUAACCCAGUGAUCUCAGAAGCAGAAGCUUCG